CUUUUUAUAAGCACAACAUCUUCCAUCUGAAGACGGUUCCUUCUUCCCUUUCAAUUCAGUCACACACAAACAAAUCCAACACCUAAGCAACAAUUUCCUGGAGUCUUCUCUCAAACAAAUAACAACAGCCACGAACCGAAUCCCAACAGAGGAUCUAAUCUGAACAAUAACACAACACCAACACCUAAGAUACCCACACACACAACCCACAAAUCAUCACAAUGUCCGCCUUCACAAUCGCUACUCGCAGGGUCGCUACCCAGAUCCCCCGCGCUGCCGCCGCCUCUGCGCCCCGCGCCGCUUUCUCUUCCUCCGUCACCCUCCAGAAGUCCAUCGCCGAGACCGUAAAGGACACCCUCAACACCGUCAACCGCGCUGUUUCUGACAAGGCCCUCGAUGGCAUUGACAUUGGCUCCAACGUAGCCUCAAAACUCAAAGAAACCGCCGACUCCCUCACCAACGCCUCCUCGCCCUCCGACCUCGCCUCCCGCGCCAAGGACGCCGCCAGCAACGCCGCCUCGGACGCCGCCGACGCCAUCCCCAAGGACGUCAAGGGCCAAGCCUCCGAGCUCGCGGGCAAGGCCUCCGGCGCCGCCUCCAACAUUGCCGGUAAGGCCAAGGGCGCCGUCAACGAGGCCACGUCUGGCAACGUUUCCGGUGCCGCCUCUGAGCUUGCGGGAGAGGCCAAGGGCAAGGCUUCCGAGCUUACGGGCGAGGCCAAGGGCAAGGCGAGCGAGCUCGCUGGAAAGGCCAAGGGUGCUGCGAACGAGGCGACGAGCGGGAACUUGUCCGGUGCUGCUUCCGAGCUGGCUGGCGAGGCUAAGGGCAAGGCCAGCGAGGUUGCGGGCAAGGCCAAGGGCGCUGCUAACGAGGCUGCUGGCGGUGAUGUGCAGGGAAAGGCCCAGGAGCUCAAGGGACAGGCGAGCGGUAAGGCCAGCGAGCUUGCCGGAAAGGCGAAGGGUGCCGUGAGCGAGGGACAAGGGAAGGCCAAGGGUAUGGCUAAGGAGACGGAGAAGAUGGCCAAGGAGGCCGGAAAGCAGGCCGAGUUCUCUUAAGGGAUUCAACCGCGAGAAGGAGUGUUUAAGAUGGGAUAUUGCAUUUUGGGAUGAACGGGACCAUUCACUUUCACAAGGAUGGGUGAUAAAGGGCAGGAAGGCGUUCAGGGACGCGCACAGCAGUAUUGCAUCAUGAUGACUAUUACGAAGUUUUCCUUUUAAUCAAGAGUCGAACUGUAAUUUUAUUGCAUUUCACAUGAAUCACUCACUGAUCUCAUCAUUCAA